AUGAACAAUCUAAUGUAUCAAAAUAAUGAAUAUUCAAAUUUUACCAUUCCACCAUUUACUCUUGCCAACAAUGGACCAUCCUCUACUGGUAAUUGUUCUGGUGGUAUCGAUUAUGGAACUAAUCUAUCAAAUUUGGGAUUAAAUGGUUGUUCAACUCCUGGAAAAAAUGUUUAUUGUGACACAGAUUCUUAUUUUGCUCAACACAUGGAGAAAAUAUUGGAUUCUGACCCUGCGGAAGAUCUCAAAUUAUCAAUUGAUAAUUAUCCAUCAUUAUCCAAUAAUAAUAAUAAUAAUAAUAAUAAUAAUAAUAAUAAUAAUAAUAAUAAUGUACCAACCUCUACCACUACCAACAAUACUAGUACCAUUCAUCCAAAAUGUAACAACAACAAUUCGCCACAAUAUAAACAAAAGUUGUUUAUAAAGAAUGAGAAUCAUUCAGUACCACAACUACCAAUACCAAACUUUCACUCGGUACCUGUUCUGUCACCAAUUCAAACUAUUUCAGCAAGUUGUACACCUCCAAUUAUUUUCCCACCGGGACAUUUUCAAUCCAUUUCCAAACCUCAUCAUCAACAACAACCAGAAAACCAAACUAAACUCCCACCAUUCCAAGAUUACUAUAAUCAAAUUGUAAAUGAACAACAACAACAACAAGCAAUUCAACAACAACAACUUGAAAAUGAUAAAUAUCAAAUUGGUGUUAAUUUUUAUAAAUUGAUUCAAUAUAGUGAUCAAUUAUAUCAAAUGUCUAAAAAGGGACACCAAAAUCCAAUGAUGGCAUUUGAUGAUAUAGAAAAUUUAAUAACUGUUGGAAAUUAUAUUCAUUUGGAAUUGAAUAGUUUAAGAUCGUCGGUCAUGAAGAGUAAACAAAAUGUAGCAAAUUUCAACAAUGUUGUUGAUCCAUCUCAACUAUGUUCAAUCGAACAACCAUUUGAUAGUUGUUGUGAGUCUCGUUAUUCGUCACCACCCUAUCAACAUCAAUCAAGUACAUCUGGUACUCCAUCUUCUCAUAUCAAUGAAAAUCACUACAUGUCUCCAAAUCCAGUCUACCAACAACUCCAACAACACUAUCCAAUUAAACAACAAAAUCUAAGUGGACCAAUGAGAAAAUCAACUCAAAAUACACCAAAACAAAGUAAAUCAAAUGGACCAACCUAUAUUAAUCUAACAGAGAAUAUGAUAAAGGAACAAACCAAGAAACCAAAGAAAACUGCUACCACCAACAGAUCAUGUUUGAACUGCAAGACUACAGACACUCCAGAAUGGAGAAGAGGUCCAAUGGGAGCCAAAACUUUAUGUAAUGCUUGUGGUAUUAGAUACCGUUUAUCUCGUCAAUCUAGUACUGGAUCCAUUAACCUCAAAGACCAGCUAUCAAUGAUUAAAAAUUCUCCUCUGACAAGAUCACCAUCAGACUCUUUGCUAUGUUCACCAUUCCAACAUUUCAAUGAUGGAUCCCUAAUGGAUCUAGUAUCAAUCCAACAACCACAAUCCCCUCCUUCUCUUUUUGUUUCUCAUUUGGUGCCACCUGCACAUCAAAUAUAA